CAGAAACACACACACUUUGUCUGAAGAAUUCCAGAAAACUUUUUGCCAUUUCGCGAAAACGAUCAACACAGAAGAAAAUCUCAACGAGCUCGCAGAAGAAUUCCUUCUUCGUCUCCGUCUCCGUCUCUCUCCCCGCGAAACUCACCAUGGGAACUUCUCACAGCCGCGAAGGCGCAGACCUCUCCGACUCCGACGACUACCACUCCGAAACAGAGGAUCGCGACGACGAAGAAGAAGAAGAAGAGUACGAGGAUGUUCACUACGACGCCGUCGAGCGCCAGGAGACGCCUCAAACGACUUCCUCGAACCGGACGAUCGACGAAAUCGACACCAAAUUGAAAUCUCUGAAGCUCAAAUACGGCGACGCCUCCUCUCAGGGAAGUGGCGAGCGUCGCGUCAAGCUCUACCUCCACUUAGGCGGAAACAGUCCCAAGGCGAAGUGGAUCGUCUCCGAGAAGUCGGCUCCGUACGCCUUCGUGAAGAGCGGCGGCGGAGGGGAGGACGAUGAGGACGAAGGAGGAUCUUCCAGCGGCGGAGGUAAGAAGAAUUCGUUCUGGAUUCUCCGGGUCGGGGCGAAAGUUAGGGCUAGGGUUUCGACGGAGAUGCAAUUGAAGAUGUUUGCGGAUCAGAGGAGGGUCGAUUUCGUCGAUAGUGGUGUCUGGGCGUUGCGAUUCUCGGCGGACGAGGAGUUCAGGAGAUUCGUUAACGAGUAUCACGAUUGCUUGUUCGAGAAUGUGUACGGGCUUAAGGCGACCGAGGAGAAUAAGGUGAAGGUGUACGGGAAGGAAUUCAUCGGGUGGGCGAAACCGGAGACCGCCGACGAUUCGAUGUGGGAGGAUGAGGAAGGCGGAGAGGAGAAGUUCACCCCGUUGCGCGCGAAUCAAGAUUUGAUGGAGGAAUUCGAGGAGGCAGCUAACGGUGGCGUCCAUAGCUUGACUCUAGGUGCUCUUGACAAUAGUUUCCUUGUCAACGAUCUGGGUGUUCAGGUUUACAGGAACAAUCAGAAGGGAAUCCAUGGCAAGGGCAUUUGUGUGAGCUUUGACGACAGGAACAGUGGAUCACGUUUGGCGAAAUCGACCCCGAAGAAGGGAAUGCUCAUGAGAGCUGAGACUAACAUGAUGCUCAUGAGUCCCAUGAAAGACGGGAACCCACAUUCGACAGGGAUCAAACAGCUCGACAUUGAGACAGGGAAGAUUGUGACAGAGUGGAAGUUUGAGAAAGAUGGGACAGAGAUUACAAUGAGGGAUAUCACAAAUGAUAACAAGGGUUCUCAAUUGGAUCCUUCAGAGAGCACAUUCUUGGGAUUGGAUGAUAACAGGUUGUGUCAAUGGGAUAUGAGGGAUAAGAGUGGGAUUGUGCAGACUAUUGGUAAAGCCAGCGAUUCACCUGUUCUGCAGUGGAGCGAAGGGCAUCAGUUCUCGAGAGGUACUAAUUUCCAGUGCUUUGCGAGUACCGGUGAUGGAUCCAUUGUGGUUGGCUCACUGGAUGGGAAGAUAAGGCUGUACUCAAGGAGAUCACUGAGACAGGCCAAGACGGCUUUCCCGGGUCUUGGUUCGCCCAUUACUCAUGUGGAUGUUACAUAUGAUGGGAAAUGGGUGCUGGGGACUACUGAUACGUAUUUGAUUCUCAUUUGCACUCUGUUUACGGACAAGGAUGGUAAGACCAAGACCGGAUUCGGUGGUCGAAUGGGGAAUAAAAUACCAGCUCCCAGAUUGUUGAAGUUGAUGCCACUGGAUUCACAUUCGGCUGGUGGCAACAACAAGUUCCAUGGCGGCCAUUUCUCAUGGGUGACUGAAAACGGUAGGCAAGAGCGCCACAUCGUGGCGACGGUGGGGAAGUUCAGCGUGAUAUGGGACUUCCAGCAGGUGAAGAACAGUGGACACCACUGCUACAAGAAUCAGCAGGGGCUGAAGAGCUGUUACUGCUACAAGAUCGUGCUGAAGGAUGAGUCGAUCGUGGAGAGCCGGUUCAUGCACGACAACUACGCCGUCAGCAACUCCCCCGAGGCUCCUUUGGUGGUGGCGACGCCGAUGAAGGUCAGCUCCAUUAGCCUCUCCGGCAGCAAGCAGCAGCGGUCACGCGGUUGAGAUGUGUGGUCUCUCUGUGGUUCGUUUUCGUAGUUGUUCGAUUUGUGCAGAGUUUGGUUUUCUGGUUUCGGCUGUAUGUAGGGUUUGAUUUUGCUUCUCAAAACUGAUAUUCCCUCGUAAUUCAGAUUUCUGCUUGUACGUAAUGCCAUUGAGAAUCAGUACGGUUUGUGUUCAUUUCCCAUUGUUGUAGUUCAAGUGUGAAUUAUGAUGCGAUAUUUUUUUUUGUCAAUAGAUCAC